GCAGCCCUCGAGGUCACUUCCCCCACCAAGGGCGAGGAUGUUGAUGUCUCCAAGUCCUUCACUGUCAAGUGGGAUUCCGUCAGCACCGACGCCUCCAACUUCAAUCUUUACCUUGUCAACAACGCCGUCUACCCCCCGGUUGAGCAGAAGAUUGCCAGCGAUGUCGAGACCUCCAAGGGCUCCUACACUGUCUCUAGCCUGUCCGGCCUGACCGAUGGCAAGGGCUACCAGAUCAACCUGGUCUCCGACGAGCCCCAGAACAGCGGCAUCCUCGCCCAGUCGCAGCAGUUCGACGUGAAGGGCGCUUCUUCCAGCUCCAGCUCCAGCUCCAGCUCCAGCUCCAGCGCCAGCGCCAGCUCUUCCAGCACCAGCACCGCCUCUUCGUCUUCGUCUUCGUCU